CUCCAUACAAAUUCAGUAGAUGCGUUCCCGGAAACUGGCCCUGCUCACUCGACGGCUGAUUUUGCCUUGGUCACAGGCUCUCGCCACGGCAUACACAUAGGAUCUGCUCGCGUUAAGAUGAUCCCUGGUACGAACCUUGCAUCAAUUGAAACGUCCCAAUCGCCUGUCCAAAUUGCUUGCGCUCAUGGACGUAUUCGAAGAAUUGAAAUUACCCCAGAGGCCCCUAAUCAUGCCAGUGAGGGGUCAGCUUUCAAGAGAAUGACAGGCAACGUACACCACUCAGAACGAGCCUUUCGAGGUCUAACCCUGACAUGAG